UUCAAACAGAAAUAAUAUUGAAUCUACUUUGACAUUAGGGACUACGCGCUGGAAUCCCAACUCUCAUCGUCCGAUCUUGAUAGACGUCUCUGAGAUCAUUUUACUCACAGUUACUAGUAGCGACCAUUGAGUGUGAAAAGACCUUUUUACCCUUACAAAGCUUUAAAACUGUAAAAUUUAUUAAAGUUCGUGCUUUCUCUUCUCUCAUUCGCGUUUUCACCUUUCUCCAUCGCGUUUCUUCUGUUCGAUCUCAAAUCAACGGCCAAGACUAACGGCUAUCUGACACGGUGUGGUAUUGGAACGUAGGCGAACGCGAUCCCGGUGUUCUCUACUCUUUAGUUUCAUUUUAAAGGAUAUAAGUCUGUAGAACAAACAACAUAGGUAUAAUCAUUUCAAAACAAAGAGAGCAAAGAGAGGGAGAAGGUGAACAUUUAUAAGGUACAAGCUUUAUAGUUUACAGACAAAUAGUUAGAUCACAUAGGUGCGUAUGACAUCUACAAAAGCUGGUAUUGUUAGUAAUGAUUCUUCCACUCACUCAGUUAAAGUGCCUUUCAAGAAAUAUGAUAUCUUCAUCAGCUUUAGAGGAGAGGACACUCGCAACUGUUUCACAAGCCAUCUUCAUGCUGCUGUGUCGAAGCUAUGUAAGAUAGUUAUGUGCUAUCAAGAACUUUGAUGUCUGAUCGAAUCCUCUCUUUGUAAAAUAUCUUAUAUUUAAAAAUAAACAAUGUUUUAAAAUUUUUUUAUAAUUAAGGACAAAGAAAUUAGUAGUUUUGAGAAAUAAAAUUUUGAUUUAGUAAAUUUUACGAAAAUGACUACUAAGAAAGUAGUCAAGGAAAAUAAAAAGCCAGACAGUAGGUAGUGAUAAUAUUAAAUAAGGAAAUUUUGUUCUCAAAUCACAUAGGUAGAUUUGUUAGGUGUGAAAGGACCAAAAAAAAUAUAGAUUCAAAUUUGUACAACUGAUAAGAGAAAAAGGAAAAGAAAGAAAAAAGCUACUAGUAUUCAGCAUUAACAUGAUAAUGAGAGAGUGUCAUAAAGGCAUUGUAUAAAUUUCAAGAUAAGGUUAUUUUAGGAGUGUGUAUCUUCCACAUUCCACAACCAAAGCAUAAAUAUUCAGAGAUAGCUAUGGCUUCUUCUUCUUCUCUUAAGAAACAUGAUGUUUUUAUCAGUUUCAAAGGUGAAGACACUCGCACCAAUUUCACAAGCUUUCUUCAUGCUGCUUUGUGUAGAGAUCACAUUGAAACCUACAUAGACUACAGGAUCAAUAAAGGAGAAGAGGUUUGGGAAGAACUUGAAAAGGCAAUUAAAGCAUCGACUUUAUUUUUGGUUGUGUUUUCAGAAAAUUAUGCGUCUUCAACGUGGUGUUUGAAUGAACUUGUUGAAAUAAUGGAAUGUAACCACGAUGAACAAAACAACAUUGUCGUGAUUCCUGUGUUCUACAAGAUUGAACCUUCACACGUGCGAAAGCAGACAGGGAGUUACCACAGGGCGUUGGCGAAACACAAGAGACAAGGCAACAAUAAGAUUCAAAAGUGGAAGAAUGCUCUCUUUGAAAUAGCAAAUUUAUCCGGAUUUGAUUCUAGUACAUAUAGGACUGAAUCGGAUUUGAUCGAAGAGAUUAUCAAAACAGUUUUACUAAAAUUGAAUCACAAGUAUACAAAUGAACUCAGAUGCUUAUUCAUACCAGAUGAAAACUAUUCAAGCAUUGAGUCAUUAGUAAAAUCUGAUUCAGGAGAAGUGAAAAUAAUUGGAAUAUGGGGCAUGGGAGGCAUAGGAAAGACAACCCUUGCUGCUGCCAUAUUUCAGAAGGUCUCUUCCCUAUAUGAAGGUAGUUGUUUCCUAGAAAAUGUUACAAAAGAAUCAAAGAGACAUGGACUCAGUUACACGUGCAACAAACUUCUUUCUAAGUUACUAAGGGAAGAUAUUGCGAUUGACACUCCCAAAGUAAUACCAUCUAUGGUUAUGAGAAGACUCAAAAGCAUGAAAGCUUUCAUUGUACUAGAUGAUGUCCAUACUCUAGACCUUUUAGAAAGUUUGAUUGGAGUAGGGCACAAUUGCCUUGGAGCUGGUAGCAGAGUCAUUGUGACAACCAGAGAUAAGCAUGUGUUGAUAAGUGGAAGAGUUCAUCAAAUUCAUCAAGUUAAACAAAUGAACUCUCAAAACUCCCUUCAGCUUUUCAGCAUGAAUGCUUUUGACAAAGUCUUACCUGAGAAAGGAUAUAUGGAACUGUCAAAAAGAGCAAUUGAUUAUGCCAAAGGCAACCCUUUAGCUUUGAAAGUUUUGGGAUCUUUUCUUCGUUGUAAAAGUGAAGUUGAAUGGAACUGUGCACUAGCUAAACUCAAAGAAAUUCCAAACACAGAAAUUGAUUUGAUAUUGAGUUGGAGUUAUCAUGAAUUGGAUGAUAAAGAGAAAAACAUAUUUUUAGACAUUGCGUUGUUUUUCAAAGGAUAUAAAAGGGAUAUGAUAACAAAAAUAUUAAAUGAGUGUGGUUUCUAUGCAGAAAUAGGGAUAAGGCAUCUUUUAGACAAGGCUCUUAUAAGAGUUGACUCAAACGAAUGCAUACAAAUGCAUGACUUGAUACAAGAAAUGGGCAAACAAGUUGUUCGAGAACAAUCUCCAAAGAAUCCCGGACAACGCACUAGAUUGUUUGAUCCUAUGGAAGUUUGUGAUGUAUUGAGAAAUGAUAGAGGAACUGAGAUGGUUGAAGCUAUAUUUUUAGAUGCUACUGAAUUUAAGCCCAUAAAUUUAAGUCCCAAUGCAUUUGAGAAGAUGCCAAACCUAAGGUUACUUGCUUUUCGAGACUGCAAGGGAAUUAAAUCUAUAAGAUUUCCUAGUGGCCUUGAUUUAUUGCCAGAAAAUUUGAGAUAUUUCUUUUGGGAUGGCUAUCCAUGUAGAUCUCUGCCUCCAACCUAUUUUCCUGAAAAUCUUGUGGAGUUUACCAUGCGAGACAGCAAUUUGGAAAAACUUUGGAACGGAGUACUGAAUUUGCCAAACUUAGAGAUACUUGAUGUUCGGGACUCCAAAAAGAUGAUAGAGUGUCCAAAUGUGUCUGGUUUCCCGAAUCUAAAGCAUUUACAACUUAGUGGUUGUGUAAGCUUGCCCGAAGUUGAUUCAUCAAUCUUCCUUCUCCAAAAGCUUGAAAAGUUACACAUGGCUGGAUGCACGACAAUUAAAACUCUUUCGAGUAACGCUUGUUCACCAGCUCUCCUUGACUUUGAUGCCAUGUAUUGCAACAAUCUGCAAGAGUUCUCAGUCGCAUUUGUUUCUGUAGAUGGUUUGGAUUUGUCUUUACCCAAGUUUGGCGCGAAUAAACUUCCAUUAUCAAUAAUGCAUUUCGAAGAUGUUGAAGUGUUUACGAGUCCUAUCAGUGAUAGUCUUGUGGAUCUUCCUGAAAACUUUGCCAUUUCUAUUUGUCUUGUGAGUGAGAGUGGUGAACAUGACGCUUCCAUCACUUUACUUAAAGUACUUUCUAGCCCCGCCUUACUGAGUGUAAAAAUUUUAAUCAUUGACCAUAUUUCUAUCUUGUCUAAAAUACCAGACAAUAUCUCCUUACUAUCAUCAUUAGAGUAUUUAAUACUAGCUAGUAUUGCAAUUAAAACCUUUCCUGAAACCAUUAAGUAUCUUCCCCGACUCAAAUACCUUGAAGUUAUCCGUUGUGAUAUGCUUCAAUCUAUACCUGCACUUUCACAGUUCAUUCCAUAUUUCUUUGUCUGGGAAUGUGGAUCUCUUGAAAAAGUAUUGAGUUCAACGAAUGAACCAUCUGACAAACCCAACCAUGGUUUUAUGUUCCUUAACUGCACAGAGCUGGAUUCACAUUCAUAUCAAAUAGUUUUGAACGAAGCUAUUGCUGGGAUUGAACUUGGAUCAAGACUAAAUUCAGAAAACGAAGAUCCAUCUUUAGAUCAUGAUAAUGAUAUUAUUAUGUACUUCUUACCUGCAAUGUCUGGCAUGGAGAAUUGGUCCAAUUACCCUUCUACACAAGCUUCUGUCACUCUUGAGCUUCCUCCCAAUUUGUUGGGUUUUGCCUACUACUUGGUUCUUUCUCAAGGAAAUGUGGGAGAUGGUGUAGAUUUUGGAUGUGAGUGCUGCUUGGACAACAGUUCAGGUGAAAGGAUCUAUAUAACAAGUUUCAAAAGAGCCUAUUUCUCCAGCAUAUUCUUUUCUUAUGUCGAUCCUACAAUGUACAUGAGGUCGGAUCAUUUGGUUUUAUGGUAUGAUCCAGCAAAAUGCAAGCAGAUAAUGGAAGCAGCUGAAGAAAUAAAAGCCAAUAAUGAUGUGAACAACACCAGUUACAACCCAAAACUUACAUUUAGAUUCUUCAUUGAGGAAAGCCUAUAUAAUGAAGUAACUAUAGUCGAGUGUGGUUUUCACUGGAUAUAUCCCUUUGAAGGGAGUGCAGUUCCAAAUAGAAAUGAUGAUCGAGAAGACUUGAGCUAUUCACUUGAACGACUCUUGGAUUCAAUGGAGAGCAGCUGGAGUGGAGAGAAGAAAAUUUCAAGUGAUUUAAAGAGGCACAACAAAUAGUUGACAGAGGCAUAUGCCUGUUUUCUUAAACUGAAUGUUGAAUUAAAGAACAUGUGGUGUUGGUACACAUUAUUUAUUAUCUUGUAUUACUUGUACUAUAAAAAUCUAAUAGAUUAAUGAUAAUCUUGCUUAUUUUUUUUAAUUUGUUUUUAAAAUGUUUUGAAGAGGCAGUUGGCAUAUCAAUAUUGCUUUUCUUGGCUCCCACUUCAUCAUUCUUCUGGUCAGGUACGACUUAUGGAGUAUCUUUCUCAUGGGUUAAUCGGUUCUCGCCACUAUAGUAUGGGCGAGUAAAUAAUGUCUUAGUUUUCUGGGUCUGCCGUUACGAGCGUUAGGGUGAUCUUCUUUACCGUCUAGUAACAAAAUUCCGCCCUUUGCCAAACCUGAUGAAAUAGACUAAGUCUUGUGAAGAGUCGUUUUCUCUUAUCAAAGAAGGCUUCCAAUGCUUCGGAGGAAACAAUGAGGUAAACAAAAAGAGAUCCCCUUCCCUAGGGUGGACCAAAAUGGGUGGUUGUGACAUCACCUCUUUAAGUUUCGUGAAGAAAUUAUUAAACAGUUGCUUUUUUUUUGCUUAAUCUUAAUGAUGCAUCCAACUUAUUGCUUUCUUGUGACUUGCUUCAGUCUAAUGAGAAAUGAGAAAUGGGCCAGAUGUAGCUUUCUGUUUAAUGAUCAAAGAUUACAGAUGCACAAUACUUUGUCGUUAUUUAUGAGCCUAUGCUCUUCACUCACUUGUUCUCUAAUGGUUGUUCUAUGAAACACUCAGUUUCUAUCAUGUUUUUUCAAGCACCAAGCCCUGAAUUAUACAACUUAAUUGCCAAUCUAAUCCUUAAACAGCGUAGACUCUGCAAUGAUACGUAUCUAUUUAAACGUGAAAAUCACAAGUUAGUUAAGAUUACAAGUCACAAUAAAGGUAAUGGCGGGAAGAAUAUUGAUCACGGCAAUGACAAGGUUGCUUCUAUGUAAAAUAGCUUAUUGAUAUUAAUGUGUUUCAAUAUGUGUAUAUAUAGUAUCUUUUUGACAUUAUCAAUAUACAUAACACAAUAGCACCUGUAAUUGUCUUAUAGCUAAUUAUACAUGAGAGUGUCAGGAGACUUGCUUGCUGGUCAAGAAAUGGUGGAUACUACGUCACAGAUACAAAAGUAAGUUUGACAUUUAUAUUGAUUUCUUGUUUGGCUUAGGAUCAUAUGAUAAAAUCAGUUAGCUUUAACUUUUAGUUCUAAUGAAUGAUCAUACUAUAACUUUUACAUAUAUAUCAGGUCACCCAGUUUUGUCCAAAAUAGGCACGGUCUAAAUUUGACCACAUAUUAUUGAGUUUGUUCAGUCCUAAGAAUGAAUUAAUGUUUAAAAAUAGGCAAGAUGAGUAUGAGUUGAAUACAUCAGUUUUCUUACUAACCUCUAAUAUCUUCCAACUAUUUCAAAAGUUUAGUAUUGGGGUCCAUAAGAGUGCCAGCAGACUCACAACCAAUCGUACCUGUCUCUUGUAGGAGAUCAAGAAUGUUUUUUUUCUUGAGAAUGAACAACUCCUUUCUUUGAUCUUAUUGAUUCUGAAGCUAGUGGUCAUAUAUGCUCAUCUUUGCAUGUUUUUUAAUCCUUUUAUAAAAUUAAACCUAUAAAUGUCAACUUACCAAAUGAUCAUUCAUUCCAAAUCAGUUAUA